CUGCCAGGUUUGCGGAAUUUCAAACCGUCUGGCAUUGCUGUUUUCAGACAUGGGCAAUGGGUAAAAUCUGUUCUGUGUGAUGUGAUUAUAUUGUUAUUAGGACCUAAGCAAGGGAUUACUGGUUCCACCAUCUUCGAAAAACCUUUCUGACCACCGCCCCAGACAACGAACUACCAUGAGCUCCAAGGACAAGUCCAAGUUUAAGCUGUUCCUGAAGACGAUGCCGGCUGGUUACGUGGGGGAACGAAGCCUCCCUCCGGACUUCGAAAGGGAGCUGCGGCCGGAGCAGCCGGUGGCUCAGAGAUGCCGAAUGCUCAAGGAGCUGGGCGACAUGCAUCUGCACAAAUUCAACUUCGAUGAGACCUCCAUCACUACUCUGUGGAAUCUCACGAACGAUCUCAUCGUGCCCAACAAGCCUGCCGAGACGCGCCAGACCGCCCUGAGCUUCUACAAGCGACUCAUCCACACCCAGUACAAGAAUCUAACCCUGAUGCGGGAGAAGUUCUUCCUGGUAAUUCAGAAUCACGAGGCUCGGGAGGACCUACGACACUUGCUCGAGCUCCUAGACACCCUUACGGACAACGGGAAGGACAUUACCAAUUUCGAGGAGAAGAUUGGCAAGUUCAUGCUUCUCUGGAUCCCAGCUAUUAAGGAGGCGAAUCUGCUUAGCCCCUAUCUUGACAUAUUGGUCAACCUGAUCAAGUUUAACGCCGCCCAUCUGGACAAGGACAUACUCGUGGGAAUCGUGCAGAAUGCCUGCGAGCUGAGCAUCACUGUCACCGUCGACGAGAUCGGCCUUCAGUGCCUGACAAUCCUCGAGAUGGUCAUCGGAUACACCAUCUUUCCGAGUGAGCCGCUGCCGCAGUGCAUAUCCACGUUGUGUCGGACUGUGAACUAUCCACCAUACUGCCCGUCAUCGUUCAAGAUAAUGAAGAACCUACUGGGCACCCAGCUAGGCUACCAUUCCAUGAAGCUAAUGUGCAGCAUCCUCAACGACCGCUCUCUCUACGACGACGCCCAUCUGCUGCGUGGGGCUGUGUUCCAUCUGAACAUGAACAUUUUUGGAUCGAACAUUAUCUUUCAGGUCUCGCCAAUGACCUAUGCAACGAAUGUGCUGACAGCCUUUCUGCGGGCUCUGGACAGUCGGCAAGUGAUCGUAACUUUCGAGGUGAUCCUCAGCGCCCGCAUGGUGAUUAACAAGCGACAGCUGUCGGAGAUCAUUUGGGACAGAAUCUGCGACAUAAUGUCCGCCAUCAUUGGCAACAUAGAGUACUACGAAUCAUCGAAUAUCAACAAGGAUCGCCUGCACCACCUGCAGAUCAACUUCCACGAGAAUAUCGACUGUAUUGAGAAGCUAUUGCAGCAGGAUCCCUCUCAGAUUCUAGGCAACGUGGAGCGCAUCUACGAUCUAAUUGAUCGAGUGGCGGAUCGAAGGCCAGAGGCUUCGGUUCUGGCGCUCAUUGAGUAUCGAUCUCGCAGGGUGACCGCCACUCGGCCGGAGUGGCUCCAGGUGCUGGCUUUGUUCGUCCGCCGAUACUAUCGCAUGGCAAAUGUGAAUGUGCGUAUUAAGACGAUCGAGGCACUGGUCCGGAUCAUGGACCAGAACAGAGCCUGCUACGAAGAGGAGAUCCUCAGCAGAGUGGUUCUUGCCCACCUCUCGCAGAUACACCAAGAGCCGAGUGUCCAGGUGCGGGUGUCGGUGGCUCGAGCUCUUUCCAACUUUGCCCAUCACUGCGACACGAAGCGGUGCAUGGAUCUGCUGGACAUUUUGGAGGCGAUCAUCAACCGACCCUUCGAGCACACGCGCCACGAAAUCGCCAGUCUGCCGGACGUGGCCGUUGGAGUAAUCAACAGUGAGUCGGAGAUUGCAGACAUCAUUGCCGCCGUGGAUGGCCUAGUCCAGGUGUUUGCCAUCAAACUGCAUCGGUUGCCCGCGACGCACGCCCUCAAGAUAUUCAACAUUCUAAUGGACCACCUGGAGCUGCACUACGACCGACCAAAGAUCUUUGAACAGACCAGCGUAGUGCGCUUUAAAAUUUUCACCUGGGUGUUGAAGGCUCGCGCCAACGGCUCCUAUCACAUUGGCUAUCCUGAGGGCAGCAACGAGGUGGUCAAGUUCAGCCACCACCUGGGCAUCGAUUCGCCUUUGUUGCCGCAGGCUCAUUCCACGGCGAUAUCCAUCCGCCGAGUGUUCAAGCUGAUUGUGCGCUGCUUGGAACAGGAAUCCGAUUUUCAGGUGUUUCAGCUGGUCAUCAAGGAGCUGCCGAAAGUGCUGCAGAACAAGGCGCUGGUCCAGGGCAACGACAUUGAGGAGUUGGCCAGUGCCCUCUUCAAGAUCAGCUCCGUCAGCAACAACAAGUUCAAACGACCCACCGACGAGUUCCACGCCCUCGUCCUUCCCGCGAUCGCCUCCCUGGUUAUCUACCACGAAUGCCUGCAGCCACCACAACAUAACAGCAUAAUUGCUGCCCUAAACUCGCGGGUCCUGGCAGGAAUAGCCGGGGUCUGUAUCAACACCAUGACAAUUCUGAUUCUGGAGAUGCCGGAGGCUCUAAUGCGCAAGCUUCCCGAUGUGCUGCUGCAAAUGAGCAAGAUGUCUGACACGAAUGCAUUGGCCAUUCCGGUUCUGGAAUUUCUGUCUCUGCUUAUUCAUCUGUCCAAGCAUCUGUUCACGAACUUCACCUCCAUGCACAACAUGUACGUCUUUGCCAUUUCGCUGCCGUACACCAAGCCCCAUCGCUAUGAUCAUUAUACGGUGUCACUGGCCCAUCACGUUAUCGCUGGAUGGUUUCUCAAGUGUAAGCUGGAGCUGCGCAGGAAUUGCGUGAGUUAUAUCAAAAACUCCAUGCAGUCCAAUGCCAAGAUGUUAUCCAGCGACAUUGUGAACCUGAACUCGCUUAACGAGGAUUCGUCGAACCGGAAGAGGAGUACGAGUCUUACGGAACGAGGCAGUAGAAACAACGCCACUGCUCGGAACGAUCUGGAAAUGCGGCCACAGAUGAAUAAUGUCCUGCGUACCUUUCACCACGAAUUGGCGGAGACAUGCUUCGACUUCCUGGCCAGGCAUACCUACUCGCCGUGUCCCUCGAUGCCCAAGCGUCUUCCGGCGGCCGAGUUCCUACUGAAGGACGGUGUUUCGCAGACUUGGUUAGUGGGCCACAAUCUUGUGACCAUCACCACCUCUGGCUGUCCGUCGGCUCCAACGCGUAGCGGUCUGUGCGAGCGCUGCGCCCAAUUGGGGAAGGCGCCUAGCAUCAGUCUGAAUUCAAAGAGCCUCAGCGAUGCUGCUCCGCCCCUCUCGCCGGAGCGCGAACGACGCUACACGAAGGUGAGCCUGCAGCACAGUAGUGGAAACGAGUCUGCGGGCAGUACGGAGCUCACCUCCUCCUCAUCCUCCGGCGGUCAUCCGCAUCGACAGAUCUCCAAUAGUUCCACCGCAUCACUGGACGCCCUAUCGCGUCGGGGAUCUAAUCCGGAAGCACUGGGAAGUGGCUUGGGCGAUGGACCGCACACGGGGAGCAACACCUCGUUGCUGGGCAACUCCCUGUCGCAGUCUUCGGUCAGCAUGAGCCCCUCGUCGGGAUCGGUGGUCCAGCAACCCGUCUGCGUGCGUGCGUGUACCGGAUGGGCAGAAAUCCUCAUCCGCCGGCCCACCGGAAACAUUUCGUGGCUGACGCGCAUUCAAAAUCCCAUCACCAUCGACUGCUUCGGUCAGGAUCUGCCUUUCAAUAAUGUGGUUUCAUUGUUUUUACCUACUGCCCAUGGAGGUGUCUUUGGACCGGACAACGCCAUGCAAGUUCCUCCAACGCCACUGGCUGAUCCUGAGCCCGAACCGGAGACUAAUCCCGUGGCUGCUCCUCAGACCAGUGUCAUUCGCAGUCGGAUGGUGGCUAAGGCUAGAGCCCUGCAGCGCCAGGAGGAGAUUCACUCAGUGGGCAAUGGCAACGGCGGUGGGAACGGCAACGGAAAUCCAUCCACCAGCGGAGGAGCAGCUGCCAUUCCUAUUCCAAGAGUAUCAGCGGCGGGUAAACGUGGUAAAGAGGCGGCUCUGUGUGGCAGCGUGAGCGAUGGCGAGGCGGACGAUGAUUCCCUGGCAUUCGAGGAUUCUCAGAGCCGUGCCAGGAAUCCUGUGCGUCGCGUGAACUCCAGCCCGGAAAUGAGCUCCAGUUGGCGGCAGGCGUUCCUUUCUAACAAACCGGCACCCCUGUCACAGGAGAUUGCCAAAGCCGUCGCCGAUGAGCCUCAAUCUCAGCUCACUCUAAAGAAGAAAAAUGUUCAGUACAGCACUAAGGACAUGCGCGUGAGCUGUGAGGCCAUUCCGGAGGAGAUAGCUGGAUCCACGCCGCCAGCCCAACCCGCUGGACAAGCCCUUCAACCGGAGACUGCCACUCUGCCGCCAAAGCAGCAUUCGGCGGAUGAUGUCAGCAGUCAGGUUAGCGGCAGCAAUAUCGCUCUCCAGGCCAGCGGAUCGAACCUGAAGCUGGGUAAACCUCCGCUCUCGCCCGGCCAGCAGCCCUUGCGGGUCACCAGCUUUAGCGGCACAUCUGUCCCGCAUCCUGGUCCUCUGGGCAUUUCGGCCGCCGGUGGCGGAAAUGGCUCCAACGUCGGUGUGAUCACCUCCGACUAUGACAACGGAAAUAAUGGCAACGGAGACAUGAUGCGCGGGCGUUCGAAGACCAUUUCAGUAGUGCGGGAGGUAAACAAUGGCAACUCACGCCCGCCGCCGGCCAGCAACUUCCGGAAUUUUGGUCAGGCCAAGCGCCCCAGCAACACCAAGCUCUGCAUGAAUCCCAGCUUUGUGUUCCUGCAGCUGUACUCAACCGGACAGCUGGGAGUGACAGAUGAACCGCUGAAAGUGGGUCCGGAGAAUGCCAGUGCCGUGAAUCUGAUCGACCUGGUGCCUCCGUUCGAGACGCACAAGAUUGGCGUUUUGUACGUGGGUCAAGGGCAGUGCAACAACGAAGUCGAGAUUCUGCGAAACUGCCACGGAAGUGCUAGAUAUGUGGAGUUCCUGCGCAACAUAGGCACCCUCAUCAGCCUGAAGGAGGCGGAGCAGAACAACCUGUUCAUAAUGCUGGAUAGGAACGGAGCUGAUGGCAAGUUUGCUUACAUUUGGAAGGAUGAAAUUCUGCAGGUUACCUUCCAUGUGGCCACCCUGAUGCCCACCAACCUGCAGGACGAUCCCAACUGCAAUGUGAAAAAGAGCUACAUUGGCAACGACUUUGUAAAGAUUAUCUACAACGAGAGUGGCGAGGAGUACAAUCUAAAUACAAUAUCCGGCCAAUUUAACUACGCUUGUGUGAUUGUGGAGCCACUGGAGCUGAACUCCAAUAGGGUUUAUGUGAAGGCUCGUUCGGAGAUUUCAAAAUUCGUAUGCCAUCCAGAACCUAGGAUUGUUUCCGACCGCAGUGCUCCUCUGCUGGCGCGCCAAAUGGCUCUUCAUGCUAAUCUCGCCUCCCUAGUCUACACAAGUGUGCAGAAAAAGCACCCAUAUGCAUCGAAUUGGUUGGAAAGACUGCGCAAACUAAAGCGCCUAAGAGAGAAGCUAAUUGAAGGCUUGAACAGUCAGCAACAAACCGGCAGCGUAUCGAGUGGCAUAAUGCCCAAGCCCAACGCAUCGGAUAUGGAUGACCUAAGAGGGGACUUUAUGAAGUUCACAUAGACAACAACGUGUGGCUCCUAGAUAGGAAGAUUGGGGGCCUGAACACUCAUCCUGCCAUGAACUCUUGAUUUCCGACUUGGAUAUUACCCCAGCAGACCAACAAUAAAACAAAGCAUCUGCCCAACAAAUAAUCACGAAAUAAUUAUAAUAUAUUCAUAAUGAAUUUGACAAGUUUAUAAAAUUUGUAAGAAUACAUAAGCGCUGUUCAUUUCCAAAAA